GGAUUCCCUUCUAUCCUUUCUUUUUGCUAUUUAUACGCCUUCCAAUGUCCGUCGUCCUCCGCCCUCCAAUCUCCAGGAAGCAAUUCCCCUUCCACAUUCCAUCUCGCAUUCAUGUUCUAGCCACUGGACUCUUCCGAAGGCCCAAUUCUUUUGCAACCCCUUUUGUUUUGCUGAAAUCGGUUUCUUUCCGAUAUGGCAGUUGCAUACCGUCAUAUAUUGGGUUCAGAGAAGCGGAAGACGGUGGAGACGCCGUCGGUGGUGGUUGAAUCGUCGUCCCUGUCCGCCGCCAUGCUCACCCAGGACGAACUGAAGAAACUUGCCGCCUACAAGGCCGUGGAGUAUGUGAGAUCCGGCAUGGUGGUCGGCCUGGGCACUGGCUCCACCGCGAAGCACGCCGUGGCCCGUAUCGGAGAGCUUUUGAGUGAAGGUAAGCUGAAGAACAUCGUCGGGAUACCAACUUCGCGGAUGACUCACGAGCAGGCCGUCUCUCUGGGGAUUCCGUUAUCGGAUCUAGAUUCCCACCCGAUUCUAGAUCUGGCAAUCGACGGCGCAGAUGAGGUCGAUACGCAUAUGAAUCUGGUAAAGGGACGGGGCGGGUCGCUUCUCCGGGAGAAAAUGGUGGAGGCCGCGUGUAAGAAAUUCGUGGUGAUUGUUGACGAAUCGAAGCUGGUAGGCCAUCUGGGAGGGAGCGGGCUGGCUAUGCCGGUCGAAAUUGUCCCGUUCUGCUGGAAAUUCACGCUGAAGAGGCUUGAGAUGCUGUUUAUGGAGGCGGGUUGCGUUGGGAGGCUCAGAACAAGCCGCGGCGGAGGCGAGAAGGCAGCCGAGGAACCCUUCGUGACGGACAAUGGUAACUAUAUCAUUGAUUUGUUUUUCGAGAAGGAAAUGGGGGAUUUGAAGGCCGCGAGCGAUGCGAUUUUGAGGCUUGCAGGUGUGGUUGAGCACGGAAUGUUUCUGGAUAUGGCUACCACCUUGAUUGUUGCCGGAAAGCUCGGCGUCACCGUCACAAACAAGUAGGAAAGCUAAUCAGAUUGACUGGCAGGUGUGGGAUUAGAUUUUUACUCUAAAACUUGACAUGUUACUCAGCUGAUGAUCAUAUUAUUUAGUUGCCGGCCAGAGUAGUCUUGCUGGGAAUGGCUGCUGGCCUGAGGGCAAUCAAUCUGUUCUCUGUUAACAGAUUCAUUGUAUUAUUAUGUUACUGGAGCUGGAUGGAGGUCUUUUUGCCUAAUUGCAUCGACCAAUAAACUUUAACUUCUC